ACAUGGACUCCACGGUAUUUUCAAAACUAGAUCUGCGGUCCGGAUACUGGCCGAUAAGAAUGGCGGACGAUUCCGUUCACAAAACUGCAUUCCGAACUCGGUAUGGAUCGUACGAGUAUCUGGUAAUGCCGUUCGAGCUCACCCACGCACCUGCAACGUUCCAAGCAGAGAUGAAUCAUAUCCUAUGCCCACUCUUGGACGAAUGCGUGGUGGUGUACCUGUACGACAUCCUCGUCUACUCGCGCGACAUGCAACAACACGUCGAGCACCUACGACGCGUCUUCGAAAUUCUUCGACGAGAACGCUUCUACGUCAAACUAUCCAAGAGCGACUUCGCCCUCAAGAAAGUCCAAUUCUUCGGACAUAUCGUAAGCGCUCAAGGAGUUCACAUCGACCCCAAGAAAAUCGAGAGCGUGCGUACGCGGAAGACACCCGAAAAUAUGAAGGAGUUACAGCAGUUCCUCGGCUUUGCUAAUUACUACAACAGGUUCAUGCCGCAAUACGCGAAGAUCGCCACGCCACUCACGAAUCUGCUAAAGAAGAACACGCCCUAUAAAUGGGAGCUACAACACCAGGAAGCCGUGGAGCAGUUGAAACAAGCACUCAUGUCCGCACCCGUACUCAUCUUGCCAGACCCCGAACGCGACUACGUCAUCGAAGCUGACGCCAGCGACCAGGCAGUGGGAGCAGUCUUGAUGCAAGACCAGGGGGAUGGCCUGCAACCAAUUGCCUACCUUAGCAAAAAAUUACACAGGGCAGAACUCAACUACCCGAUACACGACAAGGAGGCCCUUGCUAUCAUCAUCGCCUUAAAAAUGUGGAGAUGUUAUCUCGAAGGACGCAAGACGAUAGUCUACACCUACCAUUGCAGCCUAAAAUAUUUGAAAACACAACCAAACCUCUCCAGGCGGCAGGUCCGGUGGAUUGACUUCCUCGAGACACACUUCCACUACGACAUCAUGUACAAGCCUGGCCAUAAAAACAAAGCCGACGCACUUAGCCGGGCUGCACACGUUGCCGCUAUCCAAGUUGAAGGGAUGAAUCCACUCCUCAAGGGACUCUUCACACACGGGUACACCAUCGACCCCGAAAUUCGCUUGGCAGAAAAGCGACAUCUGCUACAGUGGGGAAAUGACAUCGUGUAUUGGAAAGGAUCAACAAAGAUCUGGGUACCUAAUUACCCUCCUUUGCGCCAGUUACUACUCGAAGAAUACCACAAAGUCCUGUACGCGGGACACUUCGGUAGCAACAAGACGCUCACCGGUAUCGCCAAACACUACUACUGGCCCCACAUGGCAGAUGACGUACAGAAAUUCGUCACCUCGUGCACUACAUGUCAGCGGAUGAAGAGCAGCAAGCAGAAAAAGGCGGGUCUGCUACAGCCUCUUCCUGUCCCAGAACAACCAUGGCAAGUGGUAAGCCUAGACUUCAUCACCGAGCUACCAACUACCACAAGCGGUCAUGACGCGAUCCUCGUCGUCAUUGACAAGCUCUCCAAAAUGGGACACUUCAUCCCGACACACACCACAGCACGCACCGAGGAGACAGCACAACUCUUUGUUCGCUACAUCAUCUCAUAAUAUGGCAUUCUGACCACACUC